UGUGAACAGAAAUUAUGCAUUUUAAUUAUAGCAUAAGAAGAAGAAAAAACUAGUAUUAAUAUUAAUAAUUAAAUCGUAUUUAGACCAUAAAAUGAUCAAUUUUAUACAGAUUCUACUGCAUCAACUAUUUUUCACAAACUCCCCUCGCUAUCUCUGCGUGCGUAAAUACAUAAGGUGAGUUGUCUUUGUCUCACACAAACCACCAUCAAUGGCGGCAAGCGCACUGUAUAAUGCCCAUAUGUUCCUUCUUCCUCCCCUCUCGCACAAAACCCGUAAACCUUUUCACUCCCUCUGCUUCAACCCUCCUCCUUCCAUUAGCAUCCCCAGGUCUAAGUUUUAUGGUGCUACAGUAGCAGCAACAAAGCUUCCCCGUCGGAUAUUUAGAGGGCAUGGGUUGGUGGCUGAUGAUUCUGGGAUUGCCCCAGAACCAGAAUCGCCCUAUUCUGAAGCGGGUGCUGGUAUUGACUUAAAUCUUCCAAGAAGAAGUUUGCUUGUACAGUUUACAUGUAACUUGUGUGGUGAAAGAACAAAGAGGCUUGUAAAUCGGUUGGCUUAUGAAAGGGGUGCUGUUUUUGUACAGUGUGCAGGAUGUCUACGGCAUCACAAACUAGUUGACAAUCUUGGACUUAUCACAGAAUAUGAUUUUCGGGAGAAAAUAAACAAAGACUCAGAAACCGAUCAAGUUUGAUGUAAUAACUUAUAAGACUAGAAUUUGUGACAUUUCUGAUUAUUUCCAUCAUUCAAAAUUUCGGAUUUAUUAGUCUUUCCGAGCAAAGAUCACAACAACAAAAAUGGAAAGAAUCAUAGGUAUAGAUUCUCAUCAUUCAGAUCUAUACAUCUGAAAAGAGUUUAUAUUUUGCAAACCAAAUAACUUAUUAAAGUGUAUCCAUGGUCACCCAUGACACUGCUAGCAGCUAUAGCCAGUGACAGCUACCAAAACAGUUAUAGCAAGUCCGGCUGUUGCCCAUAUAUUUCUCCUUUGCUGGUGCUUUGAUGGUGCAGCAUUCUGUGAGGAGAAAAAAGAUGUGAUUAAAACAACGUAAUAUUGAUUGGCA